AUGUCCGAUCUAAAAAGACGACGCAGACUGAGACAGGUCAAAGCAGAUGUUUACGGGUCCGACUCAGAGAGCGAAAAUGACAGGGGAAAGACUAUGGAUAUGGACGCCUUUGGCGAAGAAUUGGAACUUGACUCUAAUGAGAGCGUAGUGGAGGAAGACGAUCAAGAGGUCAAAGUUGAGGCGUUCAACCUUAAACAAGAGACGAAGGAAGGAGUGUUUGAUCAAGACGGCAACUAUGUGCGGACCAAGGAAGAAAGUGAAGACGAGGAUUGGCUGGACGAUGUAAAAAAUGAAGACAUUAAGAACGCUCGUGCGGCCGAAUUGCGACGACAGGAGGAGAGGCGGAAACACGAGGACGACAAGGCUCGGAGAUUGCGGUCUGCUAACGUGAAUGAAGUGAUAGAAAAUCUUUGUGAGCUGAUGGAGCCCGCGGAAAGUGUGGUCGAAUUGCUACAACGGCUAAAUGGUGAGGCAAGAAGAUUAAAGAAAAAAGGUCAGACGGAGGACGAAAAACGUGUUCGAGAGCGAAUUGCACAGGUAAUGAGCGCAAUUGAGGUUCUGGAAGAUGGCAUUGCAGAGAUUUACGAGGUGUCAAGAGAAGAACUAAUGCAGAAGAUGCCCACUGCCCCGGGUUCUGAGCGCAAACGGAAAAGAGAGGACGAAACUGCCGAUCAGUGGUACUAUCGAUGGCCCGGACAGGAAGAAAUUUACGGACCCUAUGACUCAGCCACAAUGGAAGCAUGGCGUGAAACAUAUUUUAUCGAUAACCCGGUCGAGUACCGAAAAGGGAAUGAACCAUUUAGAUUGCUCGAUGAUUCCACAAUGUUCCUGUAA